CGAAGACACGAGAAAUGGCCGACGCCGACUUCCAAUUAUGAGUUAACUGGCCCUUUGCAAGUCUUAUGGUGCGUCUCCCAGAUCAACUGCAGUAUUAGCGCCUCCUUCAUCUUAAAGGGCAGGAUCGGCUUCCCCGGGUGGGUGGUUAAAGGCGCCUGCUCCCUGCUGGCUGCGCCUGUGAGCUGUCUGCUGGAUUGAUUUGUUUUGUUGGUUUGUGGAUGCAGGUUUUACCUCCGACCCUCCCUCCCGCAGCAGCUGUCUGAGAUGCACAAGGAGGAGAGCAACAAGGAAGUCACAGAUAUAGGAGGCGAAGAUUCUGAUGAAGAGGAUGAAGUGAACAGGCGAGCUGUGAAGCGGAAACGAGCCGUGGAGUCUGAUUCAGAGGACGACUCUGACUCUGAUGAUGCUUCAGACGAGGAUGAGGAUGAGGAGGGCGAGGAGGAAGAGGAUGAUGAUGAUGAGGAAGUCAAGGAAGAAGAUGAGAUAAGUGAUAAUGAAGAAGAUGUAAGUGACAAUGAAGAUGAGGAGUGUGAGACUGAUGAAGAUGGAGAGGAGAGUGAAGAAGUAACAGACAGCGAAGAAUAUGACUCUGAUGAUGAAGAUGAAACAGCAACCACCUCUUGUACAACUGCCAAGCCUGAACCCACAAGUGCUGCAGCAGGGAGUGACUCUGAGGGUAGUGAAGGAGGAGGAACUACUGGGGAACCAUGUGCCAUUUGUCUUGGUCGCAUGAAGGACAAUAUAGGAUCACCAGAGGGCUGUGAUCACUCCUUCUGUCUGGACUGCAUUUUAGAGUGGGCAAAGACAAACAAUAGCUGUCCCCAAGAUAGAAUACCGUUUUUCUUGGUGUUUGUUCGGCGGUACAUAGGUGGUCGCAUCAUUCGGCGUGUGUCUGUGGAGGAAGUGAAGCCAGCUGACAUCCCACCUGAGGAAGAGGAAGACCCCACCUUCUGUGAGGUGUGUGGUCGCUGUGACCGGGAGGACCGGCUGCUGUUGUGUGAUGGCUGUGAUCAGGGUUACCACCUGGAGUGCCUUGACCCUCCCUUGGCCCGGGUGCCCAUCGAGGAAUGGUUCUGUUCUGACUGCCAGGCUGUGAAUUCGUCCUCAGCGGCUGCAGAGGCUGGCAUUGAAGAAGGAGAGUUGAUAGACCUUAUUGAGGAUGGUGCUCCUAGUUCCUCGCUUCCACACUUACGUCCCAAUCGUGCUAUUGAGAGGCCUAGGUUAUUACCCCGUACCCGGGCUUCUGAGAGGGUCCGUGCACGCAUCACUCGGUCACGGCAGCAGAGAGCAGCAAACAUGCAAAAUGAAAGAGAACAGGAGGCAUUAGUGGAAGCCAUAGCUGCUGCUGAGGAGCUUGAGGUUUUGGGCCAAGAGAGGAAAGUGCAAACUAGCAGUGCCACCAGCACCACAACAACAGUCACAACUACAACAAGGACACGCAGAGGCACAAAGGCACCCAGGAGGAAAAAGAGAAAAGUAGUUAGAAAGAAAAAGAGAAAAGUCACAAAGAAAAGAAAGACAACUACAAAGAAGGCGACCUCAACAACAAAAACCCGCAGAAAAGGCCUGAAGGUCCAACGUAAGAAGAAGAAAAUAGUGCGUCGGAAGAGAAAAACAAAGAAAAAGAAAAAGAAGGUCACAAAGAAGAUUAAGGCAUUACCACCUGCCACAACACCUAAAGGAAGAAUAGCUGAGGCACUGGGAAUUCGACCCUCCAAGCCAUGGGAGAUGGUGCCAAUCAUGCAGCCUGCUAUCAAGUCACAGCCUCUUGGGUCUCUUAGAGCCAGUGCAGCCCUACCUCAACUCUCUCUUCUGGGACUUAAUGCAGAUGUGGAUGUGACUUCUGAGCCUGAUGAGUAUGGAGAUGCUAUCUUAGCAGCUGGAGUAGCAAGACGCCGGGUCAUGGACAGUCGUGAUAUUGCACGACGUAAGGCCCUUUCAGUAAGGGCAGUCAUGUCUCACUCCUCCAUCAACCCCAGACUGACAAAACCCAGUGAUGUACAGAACAAUAACUUUAACACCCCAGGUGAUCUGCUGACCUCAAUCAUAGAGAGCCAGUCCCUUCUCCUUCAGCCAGCUUGUGGCAAAUCUGGUGGCACCUUCAAAAAGUCUACUGGUUCUGCUGGCAGAGGGUCAGAAAUGCUGAGGCUAAAUGGGAGAAUGAGGGUGAACACAAGAACAGCUGGCCCUGACUCCCCUGGCAGACAGCAGACAGGUGAUGGCCAGUCUGCAUCUCCUCCAAGGGAACAACAACAGUCAGGUGGUAGUGGUGGUGUUGAUAGUGGUUCUCAAGGAGCGGACAGCAGGUUAUCACAAGAUAGUGAUCCAACAGGAGCUAAAAGGUAUGCUUCUUACUUGAGAGAAAAUGGUGAUGGAGGCUGGGAGGGAGGAGGACCCAAUCAUUUGCCCGGAAGCAGCUACAAUGGUGGUGAGAAAAAGCCGAGAAAGCCUGAUGAUAAAAAGAAAAAGGAAGACGAUGAAGAAAUUGAUAUAUAUAGUGAUAUAGACCCUGAAGUACCUGAAAGGGAUUAUGAUGAUGAGGAAGAGGAGGAAGAUGAUGAGGAGGAUGAGGGCGGUGGUGACCGUAGUGUUAUAGGGAACUACAAAGGUGGUGCUGCUGUGACAAUGAUGCCAGAAUCUAACAAAAAGGAGAAUGAACCAGAGUCCAGUGGUGAUGAGUUAGUGAUUGAUGACAGUGACAAACCCGAAUGCCGUGAUGUAGCGGCAGAAGCAGUGCCUCGAAGAGUAGUGGUGGAGGAGAUGGAGGAAAACAAUGUGGUGGGAAGCAGUAGUUUGCCAGGCCUCAAUGACUUUGAGUUGGAGGCAGUCUCAGACACUGAUACUCCUGAGUUGGACAAAUCUGCCAAUAGUUCUAUAUCACUCUCAGACAGCAACACUGGUGACCACGAGGUGACCAGUAGCACUAAUGAUAAUAUCCAUCUCAGCAAGCCGCCAUGCCUAGUGAAGGAGAUCUUUGGUGAAAGUGAUGAGGAAAGGAGCCGUGACAGACCUGCCCAGCCCAUGGUUGGCCUGGAGGGGCUGGAGACAGAGACCAUAUCUGACAAUGAGGAAAUUAGCUUUGAUGACAAUGAUGACAACAUAGAGGAGGGUGAGAUUCCUAGUGAGACACCAAGACAACCCACACCCCCAGCCAGCCGGCCACGUGUCAACUUACAGAUCCGGCGAGUUAUUGAAGUAUCUCCACCAAGAGACCAGGAGGGAGACUAUGAAGAAGGUGAAAUAGUGGAUGAGAAUGCCAAAAGAAAAGAGAAGAAGAAGGAGAAGAAAGAGAAGGUAAAUAAAAAGGACAAAGAAACUAAGGAAGAAGAAAAGAUACCUGAGGAUGUGGAGAAGGACAAAGAAAACACUAUCCCUGAAAUGGAAGUUCCAGAACCAGUGAAGGAGCCUAUUGAAGCACCCCCUGUUGAGGUGCCUGAGAGACCCAAGACACCUCCACCGAAACAGAAGACCAAAACCAAGCAAAAGGAGAAGGAAAAAGAGAAGGAUAAAGAAAAAGAGAAGGAUGUCUCAUUUAAAAAGGUCUCCAAGAAUACCAAGGAGAGGAACUACCGGGAUAAUGACAAAGAUGACAGAGACCGGAGAGGUAGCGGUAAAGGUGAUAGAAGAAGCCGGGGCAGAGAACCACAGGACCCUCCAGGACGGGACAGAAAUAGGGACCGCAGUCGGGGAGAGAGGAAUAGUGAGAGGGGCCGAGAAUCAUCCAGUCGACGGAGAGGACGAGAGAGGGAAAGGAAGAAGGAGCCCAAGAGGAAGGAGAUGGAGAGGUACAAUGUGAGGAAAAUGAUCACACAGAAGGAGGAGGAACGCAAGAAAAAGGAUGAGUUUGGCCGGGACGUAGCACUCAGGUCUCGGUCCAGAUCACGGUCAAGGAGAAGAUCCAGGUCCAGGUCUAGGAGGAGAUCACGGUCAAGGUCACACCACCGAUCUGGGUCAAGAGCCAGAAAAAGUGGGGGAGGCGCUGGUAGUGGUGGCGGGGGUGGUCGAAGGAGCUACACUCGGUCAAUAUCUCGCUCUCAUAACAGAAAGAGAGCUCGGAGAAGGAGUUACUCCUCUUCUUCCUCCUCCUCCUAUACCUCCUCUAGUUCUAGCUCAUCCUCCAGUUCAUCCUCCAGUUCUAGGUCGCGAGGAAGGAGCAGAGACAAGCGGCGGAGGAGGAGCCGUAGCAGAUCCCGUACACCUGUCAAAAAGAAACCCGAGAAGAAGAAAGCUGCACUACCUGCCAAGCCUCCUAAAGAGAAGCCUGUGAAGGAAAAGCCCAAGAAGGUGAAUCCAGUUGCUGAGAAGAAGAAGGAGAGAAAAAAGGAGGAUAAGAAGAAGGACAGGGAGGUAGAAAAGAGGGAGGAGACUAAACUAGAAAAGGAGAAGAAGAAAAAGAAGAAGGAGAAAUCUCCCCUACAAAGUAAGGAAGUGUACCAGGCUGGGGGAAGCAUCAUGGUCAGUGUUAGCUUUAACCGUGCACCAGGAAAGGAGAACAAGGAAGCUAAAAAAAAGAGGGAGAGAAAUGUCAAGCUUGAGGGUGAAGCAAGAAAGAGAGUGAGGAAGGAAAUUACCAAGCCUCGUGGGGGAAGUCCAUUUAGAUCUUGGUCAAGGAGCCGGUCACCCUCCCCUAGUGGGAAACGCACACCUCUCCAGGAUGAGCCAAUGUGGUCACCUGAUCGGUUGGCUGAGACACGCAACAAAGAGAAGGCACCCAAGACACCGGAAGUCAUAGAUUUAGAUGUGAUCAUGGUCACACCACCACCUCAGGAACCUAUCCUCAUCUCGGAUUCUGAAGAUGAAGGUAUCACCCGGUUGCCUCCAGACCUAGGCACCACACCUGUGCCUCCGGUCAGACCUCAGGGACCUAAGACUCCUCCAGAACCUGCUGUCAAAUUCACACUCUCUAGUAAGCAGGUGUUGAAGCCAAUAAAUAACCCACUGCGAGAUGAGGAAGAGGAGGAAGUGCCUCCAGCACCUGCCAGGGGGCCUAACACACCUCCUGGUCCUCCUCCAGAAUCUGAUGAAUCGGUUGGUAGAGCAAAGUCCCCAGUAGUAGGGGUUCCACACUCCCCAGCUGGUUCACCACCUGGGUCUUCUCCUGAACCGGAUGUGUAUGAUCCUUUUGAACCCACAAAAUCCCCGUCCCCUCCUGGCUCUCCCCAGCAGGAAGCUCGAGUCAGCAGCAGUGACCAAACAGAAACUGUUGAGAAAGCAUCUCCAGAGGUGGUAGUGGCACCCAAGGUAGUGUCUCCUCCACCAUUACCAACAGAACCCCCAGAGCCUGAGGAGCGACCACCUGAACCCCAAAAACCUCCAGAAGAGGAAGCCACUAGCACUGUACCACCACCAGUGACUGUCAGCACACCUGUGGCUACAACCACCACCGCACCCCCCAAAACAUCCAAGGCACCCAAGGCUCCUAAGACAACCACAACCUCAACUAAAACAACAACAACAGCCACUGCAGCCCCAGCAAAUACCAUAAACCAGAUUUUUCCUGGUUUGCCUGCAAAUGUGGCAAAUAUACUUUACCCGGCUGCCUUGGCAGCAGCAGCAGUCCGUGGUGCAGGAGGCGCUGUGAUUCGUCCACAGGUAGUACAGACAGUGGCAGCUCCAGAUUUUUCGAGGCCACCUCCAGCAGCUAACCCUCUAAACCGCCCCCCUCCAAUGACCAUCAUAGCACCCACACGCCUUGGGGAGAAGGGACGUGUAACACAAAAUGGGAGGGAUCUUACACAUACUGAUGUAGUGGACAUGGAUAUUGAUUCCCCUAACUCCCCAGACAGCUCUGAUGUGAGUGACAUGUUUGAACCACCUUCACCCCACUCGACGCAUCAAUCAGAAAAGUCUCCACAAAGGAAAGUGAGAAACCAGGUCAGACCCCCAGUUGCAAAGGGAGGCAAAAGUGGUAGUAGUGGUGGUGGUGGUGGUGGUGGUAGUGGCAGUGGUGGUGCAGGAGCAGGUGGUGGGGUAGGAGGAGGAAAUUUGAAUGAUAAGUUUGAUAGUCUAUUUGGUGGAAAUAGAGGAGGUGGUGGAGGAGGAGGAGGAGGAGGUGGUGGGGGAGGACGCAAGCAUAGCACUCCACACAAACACAAGGGAGGAAAGAAAUUAAAAAGUUCAGGUAAAAAAGGUGAUGGUAAUGAAGAUGAUAUACCAAGUUCAGCAGUUGACCUACAAGUGAAAGAGAGGUUCUUGAAGAAAGUUCAACGACAAGAGAGAGUUAUUGAGGAAGUGAAACUCAGCCUUAAGCCAUUCUAUAACAAGAAAACAAUUGACAAGGAUGAUUACAAGGAGAUUAUGCGCAAGUGUGUCCAGAAGGUGUGUCACAAUAAAUCAGGAGAGAUUAACCCCAUAAAGAUUCGGGACCUUGUGCAAGGGUACAUCAAGAAGGUAAAAUAUUACCGUAAGAAGCAGACAGGUGGGGCUGACCCCUCCCCAACCAAACCAUCAGCCACAGAACCCUCAGCUCCUACAUUCAUCCUUGUCCCAAAGGUCACCAAGCCCCCAACGCCAAUAAAGAGUAAAGCCUGAUUAUGAAUAGAAAAGUUAUUUUAUGGAAUCGGGGUAGAUUUUUCUCUCCUCCGUCUAACAAAGUAUGUUAAUAGAAUAUAUGGGAAUUUUUAAUACAGUAUCAGGGUUGACAGAGCUGUAGAAUAUAAUUGAAUUUUGUAUGUU